CGAAUUCCAAAUGUAAUAUGUUCGUUUGUGCCCUUCUAGUUCUACUUGCUGUAAAUUGCACCAUUUCUGGAAUUCUUAGUAAGCACGUCAAUUAGAAUAAUUCUAACCAUCAUAACGACGUCGCGAUGGAUACUUUGAUAGAAUAUUUGAAUGUACAUUCAAUUCUGACGUUUUCGAAGAUUAUAUGGAAAGGUCUGUAAUCUGAAGCCUAACCAGGAAAGAAGUUAAGGAUGAUAAAAUGACGGCUAAUUUCAAUGGGAAGGAUGCUUAUAGCUUAUUAUAAACUUUAGCAUUCCCAGUUAAGACUGUUUCACAUCUCUAUGCAACUAUCAAAGAACUACUAUAAAACCAUGUAAAGUGUACUAAUUUCUAAUGCUGUGUAAAGGCGAAAUUUCAAAAACGAUUUACAGGAUAACCAAAAGGUUAGAGAAAUUACCCUUGAGUUGCAGAUAUAAUCCCUUAUGUGUGAUUUUGGAGAUCAACUGCAUGUGCAGAUGGAAGAUCAAUUAGAUGCAGGAAUUAACAUACCAAAUCAGGAAAGAAAGCUAUUACAAAUGCUGCAGCAUUCCCUCCACGAUGCUAGAACUGCGUGUAUUAGUUGUGAGGCAGUGCAUGUAAUUGUUCUCCAGGUCAUCAAUAAUCCCAGUACAUUGCUUAGUUAUCCUAAUCCGAUGAGUACCCAAGUUCAUACAAAUAUGCGUUUAAUUACCGAUUAUCCUCAUCCUUGUGGAAACACUGAUAAAAUUAUAUUGGGAAGUUACAAAGCAGGUUACAUAAGUGAGUACAGGUUCCGUAAAUAUUUAUCCUGUGAUAAUUUACUGCGUGAUUCAUGUGCCUUUCGUCAUGCCAAAUGCUUUGAGUGCGAUAAAAUGACACACAUCAAGUCCGUUUGUUAAACUGCUACUCAGUUCGCCAUAAAUAAUACAAAUAUUUACAAGCCCGAUCCCAUGAAUUUGGGUGAUUCUAAUAGGCAUACGCAACCCUUAUUUACUACUUCGAGUAAUGCACUUCCUUUUCAAAGACGAAUGUAUUUAUCCAGUGUUGCUUUUCACGACUUUAUUGUUGGCACCGGCAGCAUCGAGUCCACUAUUUCUAAGAUGUCAUACUUCAUUUCAGCUGAGGAAGUGAAAAAAUUAUCUGAAUGUCAACAUGGUCUUUGAAAUUAAUAAUAAAUGCUGUUGAAUAAGACAAGUGAAAUACCACAACAGUAACUAUGAAAUAAUAUUAAAAUACCAAGAUUUGACGGAGAAGAGAACAGAACAACUACAUCUGUUCCAUUGCGAUUGAUUUCAAAUUUAUGGUGUUCAUUCAUAGGUAUCGUUUUUGAUGCGAAACUCUGAAAAAGGAUAUCUUUCUCAUCCAAUACAGUCUCAGCCUAACAGUCAGUGGCAGAUGCUAUUCAUUGGUCCAAUCAUAUUAAACUUCUUUCUCAAUCUACUCAAGUGUCGUACAGUUGAUGGCUGGACAUGCCUGACACAUUUCAGGCACACCAAACGACACAGAUUCCCAUUCUAAUCACUCGAUUUAUUAUUCUCUUAAUUAAACCCCUUUAUUCCACUCUCAGUUUAUCACUCCUUGUUGCAAAAGCAUUUGUAAGGAAAUACCAACCACCUUUACUAGUCUAUUCACGAAUUUUUCAUCUUACCCCAAGGAACUCCAACUUCUGAAGCGUUACAAAUCACCUGGUCCAGAUGACUUACCUCCGGCUCUUUUUAAACAGGGUGGUGACUUUCUGACUAAGGAACUGACGGCGUUGUUUACAAAG